AUGCGCUUCCGUUCGCAGAUGAGACUCCCGUGUUUCCGAGGCUGCUGCUGUGUGUACCACGAGCUGCGGGCGGCCGACCCCUCCUUCACGUGCCCCUUCCAGUACUACCACACGACGCCCGACCACGCCUACGCCCACGCCCAGCCCAGCGCUUGCCACCCGCCGUGCAUGUCCCCCGGCCAGCCAUGCCCCGCGCCCACCUGCCUGGCGUCCCCCCAGCCCACCUGUCUGCCGCAGGCGUGUCUGCCCACCAGCCAGCCCACCUGCCUCGCCUCUGCUCAGCCCACCUGCCACCCGCCCGGACCCCCGCCCGCGGCGCAGCUCGCCCCCGCCGCCCACCAGCCCACCCACACAUUCACGCCCUUGCACCUCCGGCCGGUGGAGGAGACGGAGGCCGCCCACGACCUGCUGGAGCUGGCCCGCUCCGCGCCCGCCUACACGUACCAGCCGCCCACGCCCGCGUCGUCGUGCGACUCGGCGGAGGCGGCCAACGAUAGCGAGGCCAGCCUCACGGCUACGCCCACGCCCUCGCCCGCGGGCAGCAGCGACGCGGAGAACGUGGCGCCGCCCUGCUCGCUGGGGCUGGACGACGGGCGGUCGCGCGUGCGGGCGGGGGCACGGGGCGAGGGCGUGCGCUUCGGGCGCCACAAGCCGCGCUACACGUGCUCGGAGUGCGGCAAGCACUACGCCACGUCGUCGAACCUGUCGCGCCACAAGCAGACGCACCGCGACCUGGACUCCGGCAACGCGCGCCGCUGCCACGUGUGCGGCAAGGCCUACGUCAGCAUGCCGGCGCUCGCCAUGCACGUGCUGACGCAUAACCUGACGCACCGCUGCGGCGUGUGCGGCAAGGCGUUCUCGCGCCCCUGGCUCCUGCAGGGCCACAUGCGCUCGCACACGGGCGAGAAGCCCUUCGGCUGCGCGCACUGCGGCAAGUCCUUCGCCGACCGAUCCAACCUGCGCGCGCACAUGCAGACGCACUCCCAGCUCAAGAACUUCCGGUGCAAGCGCUGCAACAAGUCCUUCGCCCUCAAGUCGUACCUCAACAAGCACUACGAGUCCGCGUGCUACCGCGACGGCGCAUGCGGCGAGGCCUGCCCGUCACCGGACUCCUGA